AUGACAACCAUCCUCAUCACAGGCGCCGCAUCCGGCAUCGGCCUCGCCUUCCUACGCCAUUACGCCGCGAGCUCGCACAACCAUCGCAUAAUAGCCAUCGACCGCGAACCUAUAUCUUCCCUCUCUUCUGAGCCCACCAAGUCCCAGAUCACCCGUCACCAAGUCGACCUCACCUCCGAGUCCUCCAUCACAUCCCUCGCCAGCCAGCUCAACACCACCCCAGUCGACCUCGUCAUCCACUCAGCCGGCAUCCGUGGCCUCGUGCCCUCCGUCGAAGCCGCAUAUCCCAACAACGUCGCCGCAUGCGAAACACUAGCUGUGAUGGACAAAGCGACCCUAAUGCGCACCUUCGAGAUCAACACCGUGGGAACCUUCCUGCUCAUCCAGGCAUUCCUACCCUCUCUCCUUCUUUCCGCCGCUCCGAAGGUCGUAGUCAUGGCGUCGAGAAUGGGCAGCUUGGCGGCCAAUACAGCGGGCUCGGCGUAUGCGUAUCGUGCGUCCAAGGCGGCGCUUAAUGCUGUUGUGAAGAGUUUCUCGAUUGAUGUGCCGGAGGUUGUGUUUGUGCUUGUGCAUCCGGGACGGGUGGAGAGUAGGUUGGUGAGGUGUAAGGAGGAGGGUGCGAUUGAGGCGGAGGAGAGCGUGGAGGAGAUGUUAGAUAAUGUUAUCGGGAAACUGGGCAAGGAGUGGAGUGGGCGGUACGUGGAUCGCUGGGGAAACGCGAUUGCAUGGUGA